GCUCAAACCCGGAGAAAUCAUCAUGCCCAAGAGGCUAGGAGAAAAAGUUCCAUUUCCACGCGUCAAACUGUGAGGAAAAUGGCGAGUCUGUGGAGAAAAAGCAGAGAGGUUAUGUGAAUGGACUUUAUUGUGAUUGUGUGGAAACUGUAGAAAACGGCAGAAUGCCAGUCCUCAGUGCAUGAAAAAGGAAGCGUCAACUUUGUCGCGUUUUCAUUUCAGUAAUAUGGGUUAUUUUACGCGACGUUGGCACCUACCGAACGAAUUACAAGCAACCCUCUCUUCAGCGAGCAAGAGAGAAUUGGCCAAAUAUCUGCUGUAUCAAAAUUCUGAUGGGUUACAGUGGGACUACAUCGCAGUUUUCGGAUAAAUAUUGUGUUUAAGAUAUUUUGAAGAUGUUUACCUCACGUGUAAAAGGACAACGCUCAUAUUCGGGUCGCGCGGCGUGCUCGCGAACGCACUUUGCAGAUGUUAGAGAAUCACGAUCAUCAGUCAUUUGACACCAAGAAGCAAUAUGCAAACAUCUACUUAAAUAGUUUUUAUUUGUAUUUUUAAAUUUGUUUUAUCUGCUGUACUGACUGUAUAAUGGCCUUUAGGUCCAGAAGACCGUGGGUGAGUGUGCUCGUGGGGGUUUUUCUAGGGUUCACAGCCGCGUCCUGGCUGGUUGUGCCCAGAGUUCUGGAAAUAAGUGUGAAGAACAGAAGAUCCUCAGUAUGUUCAUAUUACAGUAACGCAAGGGCUCAUAAAGUUUCAGACACUGCCCGCAGUACCUCAGCUACCAACGCCAGACAAAAGCAGCAGAAUCUCUUCUCCAGUGAUGAAGGUGAAGAAGAUCCUUACAGGACAAAGAACAGCAGUGAUGGAGCAAGACCAGUACCUCCAGCCAAAAGCUUCCUGUAUGUGGGGGUCAUGACGGCACAGAAGUAUCUGAGCUCCAGGGCCGUGGCUGCCCACCGGACGUGGACUUCCAGCAUACCUGGGCGGGUGGAGUUCUUCUCCAGUGAGGGGUCUGAGAAGGUGCCCCUGCCAACUCUAGUGCCCGUCAUCUCACUGGCAGGAGUGGAUGAUUCAUACCCCCCUCAGAAGAAGUCUUUCAUGAUGCUGAAGUACAUGCACGACAAUUACCUGAAUAAAUAUGAGUGGUUUAUGAGGGCUGACGAUGAUGUCUACAUUAGAGGUGAGAAGUUGGAGCUAUUUCUCCGCUCUCUUAACAGUAGUAAACCACUGUAUCUGGGUCAGACUGGUUUGGGGACCACAGAGGAGCUUGGCAAACUGGCCCUGGAGCCCGGAGAGAACUUCUGCAUGGGUGGUCCAGGUAUGAUCUUCAGCAGGGAAGUUCUCCGCAGGAUGGUGCCACACAUCGGGGCCUGUCUCAGGGAGAUGUACACUACACAUGAAGAUGUGGAGAUAGGACGCUGUGUCAGGCGGUUUGGAGGGACGCAGUGUGUCUGGUCAUAUGAGAUGCAGCAGCUAUUCUAUGAGAACUAUGAGCACAACAAAAAAGGUUUCAUCCAGGAGCUGCACAGCAGCAAGAUCCACAAUGCCAUCACGCUGCACCCCAACAAACGUCCAGCCUACCAGUACCGGCUCCACAGUUACCUGCUCAGCCUUAAGAUCUCUGAGCUGCGGUACCGCACCGUUCAGCUUCACCGUGAAGGCUUCACUAUGAGUCGCCUCGGCAAUGCCGAAGUGCAGUGGGAGGACCAGCUGCUGGGGGCACCACCUUCCUACAUGCGCUACCGGCCCAUCGAGCGUGGUGACAUCAUCGAGUGGGACUUUGUGACAGGCAGGCACAUGUACUCAACCAGUGAGAAGCAAAUGCCUCGUCAGGGCCUUGGAAACCUGGUUCGCACGGCACUGGAGGGCACGGUGCUUCAAGUGAUGGAGAUGAUCAAUGAGAACUCUAAAGCUCGGGGCCGUAUCAUCGACUUCAAAGAGAUCCAAUAUGGCUAUCGACGAGUGGAUCCGCUUCACGGUGCCGAAUACAUCUUGGAUCUUCUGCUGCUUUACAAGAAGCACAAGGGCAGAAAAGUCACGGUUCCUGUCCGGAGACACGCAUACCUACAGCAGUCCUUCAGUCGACCAUUCUUCAUCGAGGCAGAGGAACUGGAUGUUGACAAACUAGAGGACGCCAUCAAUAGUGACUCUCGUUCCCUCUCCUUCCUCUCCAGUUCACUCAAGAUCUUCUCUUCCUUCCAGAUCUCAGAGUCGACAAAAGAGAUGCAAAGUCAAAAAAAGGUUCACUUCCUCGUACCACUCACCGGCCGCUAUGAAACCUUUGUGCGUUUCAUGAAAAACUUUGAGAGAAUCUGCCUUAUCCCCAACCAAAACGUCAAGCUGACCAUAAUCCUGGUUGAUAAUGAUACAAACCAGGACAAGGAGAGGCACCUGGAGUUGAUUAAGGAAUACCACAACAAAUACCCUAAAUCAGACCUGUCCAUCAUACCCAUGAUGGGACAAUUCUCUCGUGGCUUGGCCCUUGAGAUGGGAUCUUCCCAAUUGAGAAAUGACUCAUUGCUGUUCUUCUGCGAUGUGGACCUGGUCUUCAAUUCUGAUGCCCUCCAGAGGUGUCGAGACAACGUCAUUGAAGGAAGUCAGGUGUAUUUCCCUGUCAUCUUCAGUCAGUAUGAUCCCAAAAUUGUUUAUGCUGGUGACCCUCCAGAAGACAGCAGCUUUGUUUUUACCAAGAAGAAUGGGUUCUGGCGGGAUUAUGGGUUUGGUAUCACCUGCAUAUAUAAAAGUGAUUUGCUCAGAGCUGGAGGUUUUGAUACGUCAAUCCAAGGCUGGGGUUUGGAGGAUGUUGAUUUCUUCACAAAAGUAAUUAAUUCUGGUUUGAAAGUGUUCCGCUCUCAAGAAGCAGGUAUUGUGCAUAUUUAUCACCCUGUCCUCUGUGGCACACAUUUAGAGCCCAAGCAAUACAAAAUGUGCCUCGGGUCCAAAGCGAGCACUUACGCAUCCACAAUACAGUUAGCAGAAUUGUGGCUGUUGAAGCAUUUAGCUGUCGGGUAUAACAGGACCUCCUCCUGAUCUUCCAACAAAUCCAUCAGCAUCGCUGGAGUUGACCUCAGUUCUGCAUGAGUGCAAACAGCAACAGGCUGGCUUUAUGUGUGCAUGUUUGUAGGGGAUAUGGAUGACUGUAUAUCCAUACGUAUACAUUUAAUCACAUGAGGUAAUUCCAGAUACACUUUGAUUCCUUUGGUGCAGCAUCUUUCAUUGGUUUCUCUUUGCCAUGUAAUCUGCUACAGCAUCUUCCAAAGGAUAUUUAUUGUACAGAUCUGAACAGAAGGUAAAUUUGGAGCACUGUGGGGGGAGGUUUCAUGUUUGCCACCUAGCAAUCUGUUCAUAUCCUCUAGAGCUUUCUCACGUGAACAUCAUGCAUGGACGUGUUUAAUACGGUCCUCUUAAUGACUAAGGAGUAUCAAGCUCUGUUUCAAAACCUAGUUUGAGCUGCUUACCUAAACAGUAUUUUCAAGCAUCAUAGGUGCACUCCCAAUGUUUAGGCGGUUCCAAAAGGAUUUUUCUUUCAAUUUUAAACUGAAAACUUUGAAUCCUCAUGCGGCAUCACAUGUAUGAUUAGCAGUAAAGGCAAUCUCAGAAUGCAUUGUGCCGUCUGAAAAUGAUAGAGGAGUUAAGAGAUAUUGGUUAUAAAUAUAUUUUGUUCAAAACUGAAAAACUAUCAACAUUAAAUUGUUAAUUUUAGUUAAAAAGUUUAAAAAUUAUAAUAAACUCAGAAAAAAAGUUUAAGCAAAAAAAUAAACAUCCUCUAAUUUUUAACAGCUUUUUCAAAAAAUUUCAGCAAACUUAGUUUAUUUACACAGAAACUUUUCAGUGUAAAUAUUUUCUAUUAACAUAAAAAGAUUCAACAACUAAGACAUAAACUGAACAACUUUCACAGUUGUGACUAACAGAAAUGGAAUAAUGUCUUGUAAGGACCUGCCUUACAACAGGCCUACAAGCCCUCAAUCCAGCCUCUCUCAACUGUGAUGGAGAGAUUAUGCAUUCCUGGUGUAAGCUUACAACACCUGGUAUUCCCAGCCAUUCUCCCAUCCAAGUACAAACCAGGCCCAACCUUGCUUAGCUUCCAAGAUCAGACAAGUUUGGCGUGCUCAGGGUGGUUUCACAGACAUGUGUCUAACAGAAAUGGAAUAAUAUACCCUGAACAAAUGGGUGUCAAAAUCAAAAGUAACAGUCAGUAUCUGGUGUGGCCACCAGCUGUAUUAAGUACUGCAGUGCAUCUCCUCCUCAUGGACUGCAGCAGAUUUGCCAGAUCUUACUGUCACCCCACACUUCCACCAAGGCACAUGAAAGUUCAUGGACAUUUCUGGGGGGAAUGGCUCUAGCCCUCACCCUCACCCUCAAUGAGAUUGAGAUCCGGGCUCUUCGCUGGCCAUGGCAGAACACUGACAUUCCUGUCUUGCAGGAAAUUAUGCACAAGGCCUUCAGUCCAGCCUCUCUCAGCCUAUUGCGGACAGUCUGAGCACUGAUGGAGAGAUUGGGCAUUCCUGGUGUAACUCGGGCAGUAGUUGUUGCCAUCCUGUACCUGUCCCGCAGGUGUGAUAUUCGGAUGUACCGAUCCUGUGCAGGUGUUGUUACACGUGGUCUGCCACUGCAAGGACGAUAAGCUGUCCUUCCUGUCUCCCUGUAGUGCUGUCUUAGGCGUUUCACAGUACGGACAUUGCAAUUUAUUGCCCUGGCCACAUCUUCAGUCCUCAUGCCUCAAUGCAGCAUGCCAAUGGCACGUUCACGCAGAUGAGCAGGGUCCCUGAGCAUCUUUCUUUUUGUGUUUUUCAGAGUCAGUAGAAAGGUCUCUUUACAGUCCUAAGUUUUUAUAACUGUGACCUUAAUUGCCUACCGUCUGUAAGCUGUUAGUUGCUUAACGACCGUUCCUCAGGUGCAUGUUCAUUAAUUGUUUAUGGUUCAUUGAACAAGCAUGAAAAACAUAAUUUAAACCCUUUACAAUAAAGAUCUGUAAAGUUAUUUGGAUUUGUACAAAACUAUCUUUAAAAUACAGUGUCCUGAAAAAGGGACGUUUCUUUUUUUGCGGAGUUUAUGUAUAUUUAUACUUGCACUAGAGUAUCACAAUGUUAGCUUAGCAACAUGCUGAAGUCAAUCAUGGAAACACUUAUGAGUUUCCAUGAUGAUUAGGACAGUAGAUAGCUACUCUGCUCGCUAGGUUUUGAAACAGAAAUAUUGUGUCUAUAUGUGAUUAAAUGACACAAGCUAUCUCAUCUUUCAAUGUUUGUAAUAAUAAUAAUAUUAAUAAUAAAGAUUUAUAUAAAAAUAAUAAUGAUGUACUGAAAGUGCCACAAAUGUGCUUUAAGUGAUCCCAUUGGGGAAAGUGAAUGAAUACAAAUAUAUUUCUCUUAUUUAUACAAAGAGAAAGAUGUACUUUAUUGCUGUAUUUUCUUUUUAAUUUUAAUUAUUAAUAUGGUACUGGUUACCAUGUGACAUAUGUGUUUGUUCUUUUAUUCUUGUGUCCUUCAUUGAACUACAUACAUUUUGUUAAUUAGUUUUGCUGUAUGGCGUUUAUG